ACAAAGGUUUAUUCUGCUGCUGACUACAGUAACUACACGUCAUUGUGCUCAGUCAAUGCCCACUAGGACAAUAGUACCGGGAGUACUCUCCUCAUCUGCAUGUCACUACUUUAUUUACAAACUGCAAAUCAAAACAUUGUUUAUACAUCGCCAAGUUUAAAGUACUUUAUCGACUCGAACUUCAGCGAGGUACGUAAGUCUAGUUCAAUUAUAUAAACAUGGCAGAAAUACCAAGACUUCCAAAUGGAAGAAUUAAUCUUGAUAAACCAAGAUAUGAUCAAGAAUCUUUUUGGGGUCGUGCCAAACAUUUCUUUUCGGUGACCGAUCCGAGAAAUCUUCUUCAUUCGGAAGCUGAGUUGGACCGCUGUAAGAAUCUAUUACUAGCAUACAGGAAUAAUUUAGAACCUCCUGGAACUACGGAUGAGGACAUAUUUCGCAAAAAGAUAUAUGAAUCUGCAUUUCAUCCUGAGACAGGCGAGAAGCAGUUUCUUAUUGGUCGGAUGUCAGCACAGGUUCCCUGUAACAUGACUAUUGUUGGGUUUAUGAUGACAUUUUAUAAAACUCAACCUCAAGUAUUUUUUUGGCAAUUCAUCAACCAGUCUUUCAAUGCAAUUGUGAACUAUACAAAUAGAAGUGGUGACAGUCACAUAACAGAUAAACAGUUAGGGCAGGCAUUUGUAGCUGCAACAGUAUGUGCGACUGGUGUAGCCUUGACGCUCAAUUCACUUGCAAAAAAAGCACCACCUCUUGUGGGAAGAUUUGUUCCAUUUGUUGCUGUUGUGUCUGCUAACUGUGUGAAUAUACCUUUAAUGAGACAAAGGGAAUUAAAAAAUGGUAUUCCUGUGUAUGAUGAGGAUGGCGAAAAGCUUGGUAUUUCAAAGUAUGCAGCAAAGUUAGCUGUUCCUAGUGUUGUGUUGUCAAGAGUUAUUAUGACAACUCCAGGAAUGAUUUUUCCUCCAUUUAUCAUGCAUCGCUUAGAAUAUACUAAAUUUAUGAAAAGAUUACCAUGGACAGCAUCUCCUAUACAAAUAUUUCUUGUAGGUUGCUGCCUUGUGUUCGCCACACCAAUGUGCUGUGCCAUCUUCCCACAAAGAUUUGCAAUACCAUUUCAUAGUAUUGAAAAAGAACUACAAGAUGAAUUGAAGAAGCAAGAUAAAGAAUAUGAUUAUGUUUAUUUUAAUAAAGGACUUUGAUAAACGCAUCACAAUUUUUAUGAAUAUAGCAAACAUAGACCAUGGGGGCAUUAUUAUAUAUUUAGGAGUCAUGUACGUUACAAGGUAUAAGAUUGUAUCAAAAAAUAAAUCUUUUUUAACAUUA